AAGAGCGUAAAUAUGUUGGUUCCGCAACAAGUGCUAGAUGUCACUUUUACGGUUGCAUCGGAGUCAUCGUCACUACCUGUAAGUAGAUCAUGGUGUAUGGGUUGACGUUUUGGAAAGUUUCUAAGUUUGAAUAUAUAAAGAAAUAUGGAGUAUGUUGAGGAUCGCAGUUAUUUCCAGACAAUUUGGGCUCCGAUUGCCUCUGUGGGAUGGUACAUCGUAGGACUCGCGGUUAUUGCGUAUUUCGCGUUUCCGCACAUUGAAGAGAAAUAUAAGAGUUGGAAACUUACGAGAAAACGGCAGGAUAAUGCUGCGUUUAGCAAGAAAAUAGACCAAUUACCACAAAUGUCGGCCAAUGUAGAGUCAGCGCGACAGAAAAUGCAGGAAGUCUACAACAAGAGUUGCGCCUUGGCGCAGGUGAAAGAAGAAGAGGAAAAGGAGAAGAAAAGACAGAAAGUUUUGAAAAUGUUAGAGAAAAAAAAUGUGGGUAGAAAACUGGGUGAUCCAGACGAUGAUACACCUAGUACAAGCACUAAAUCAAAUUCACUUAAAUCAGGCUAUAAUCCUUUGGUGGGUGAUAAUGCUCGAGGGUAUCGUCCCCCGAAACGUAGCUGCUGCAAAAAGGGUGGAUGCGGUUAAUCAUAGUUUUCAAAUCUCAUGAAAAUCGCUCAUUCUUGCAAAACAAAUAUUAUGUUACGAAAAUUAACGGGGAAAGGAAAUAAUCGUUAUACUCGUUACUGCAAUUAAUAAGUUUCGUAAUCGUUAAAAUGAGAGGGCAAAUGUGCAAAUACAUAUACACACAUAAAA